AAACCAGGCACAAAGAACCUGCAGCUUCUCCGUUGAUUGUGCCUUCAUGAUCUUCAUGAACCCUAAGACCUUCGGAAACUCAAUUGUGUGAGCUCGUAGAUCUUCUUUUCUAAGCGGGAUGGAUACGAUGAAGAAUCUGUUAAAGCCAAAGCCAAGCCCUCAACAGCAGCUCAGGGAUUGGCAACGACGUUUACGCCAAGAAUGCCGAUACGUGGAGCGCCAGAUUAGAGAUGUGGAGCGGGAAGAGCGGAAUGUGCAGAAGGCUAUUAAGGAAGCAGCGAAGCGGAACGACAUGGCAUCAGCUAAGACACUUGCUAAAGAAAUUGUAAGAUCAAGGAGAGCUGUUAACCGCCUUCAUGAAAACAAGGCACAGCUAAAUUCGGUUUCUAUGCACCUUGGUGAAAUCGUGG